AUUAAUGAGGAAAUUAGUAUGCAAAGAAGGAAAGAGGUGGUAAUAAAGAAAGAGAUUAGGGAGAGAGAUUAGAUACGUACGUAUAAAGGGAUGAAGGAGACAUCGCACUGAUGUCACUCUUCUGGAUUGUUCUUCGCCAGCUCGCUCAGAUCGAAGCCAUGGCUACUUCCAAGAAGCUGAUAACUAGAGAGGAAUGGGAAAAAAAGCUUAGUGAUGUAAAGAUUAAGAAAGAAGAUAUGAAUAAGUUGGUUAUGAACUUUCUUGUCACCGAAGGCUUCGUUGAUGUCGCAGAAAAAUUUAGAAUGGAAUCUGGAACUGAACCAGAUAUAGAUCUUGCAACUAUCUCAGACCGCAUGGCAGUUAAGAAAGCAGUACAAUCAGGGAAUGUCGAGGAUGCAAUAGACAAAGUCAAUGAUUUAAAUCCAGAGAUAUUGGAUACAAACCCCCAACUCUUUUUCCACCUCCAGCAGCAAAGGUUAAUAGAAUUAAUUAGGAAUGGAAAAGUAGAAGAGGCCCUGGAAUUUGCUCAGGAAGAGCUUGCUCCUCGAGGAGAAGAAAAUAUAGCCUUUUUAGAAGAGUUAGAAAGAACUGUUGCACUGCUGGCUUUUGAGGAUGUAACCAAUUGCCCUGUUGGAGAUCUUUUAGACAUAUCACAACGUCUAAAGACAGCAAGUGAGGUGAAUGCAGCCAUUCUUACCAGUCAGAGUCAUGAAAAAGAUCCAAAACUCCCAAGCUUGUUAAAGAUGCUUGUGUGGGCUCAAAAUCAGCUUGAUGAGAAGGCUGCUUACCCCCGAAUUACUAACUUAUCUACUGCAAAUCUUGAAGACCCUGCUGUUUAGUAUGUACCAAGGCUGUAUGUAAGAUCCACUUAUUCAGGACUACACAGUUUCAGAGUGGAUAAAUGACAUGAAAUCAUGUAAAUUCUGCUUUGAAAGACCGGAACACAUACUUCACAAAUGCUGUAGAAAUGGAGUAGCCUUGAGAUCCCAGCCAAUUGUUAAAUGUGGUAGAAAUUGUUUGGCAAAGCAUAGUUGAUGUUUUCUUUGUUUUAAAAAUCUUCUCCAGCUUAUCAGAUGUUAAAUUGUAGGUUUCUUUGUCUAUGUGAAAAUAGUAGAGUCUACAGUACAGUAAAGUGUUGCAAGUCUGAGACUUGAUUUACUAAUUUGUGUCACAAUUUGCUAUUACUCGAUGAUUUCUCAUAAUUUGCUAUUAAUCGAUAAUUUCAUGUGCCGAA